CUCAAGCUCAGGAAUCACAUGAUCUCCUUUUGACAUGUGUCCCAUCCAUUCUGCCAAAACAGCUUUGCACCCUCUCCCAUGUCAUUGCACUCAGUCGCAGCAUUGAGAUUCUGAUUGCGACUGCACCUUUCUAGGAUCAUCUCUCUCUCUGUGCAUUGGGAUAUGGUGAUUCUGUUGCAAUCUUAUUACUACCGCUGUGCUAGCGAAAAACCAAAAGGAGCAAAACGCAGCAUAGGUGUUUCACAUGGCAUCUCUCACGCCUGGGUUGCUAUCCAAGCUGCUGGAGAGCGCUGGCAACAAGGAUGUGAGAGUCACUGGAGAGCACCGCUCUGCCCUUCUUCAAGUUAUAGAGAUCGUGCCCUCUCUCUCUGGAGUCCCAAAUGAUCCUUGGCAGAGCCGAGGAUUCUUCGUGAAAGUCUCAGACUCUCUGCAUUCCGCUUACGCCUCCAUCUCUGAUGAGGACUUGGACCUGAUUUACAGUGACAAAAUCCAACUGGGCCAAUUCGUUUAUGUUUCGCGCUUCGAGGUUCCUGCCUCUGGCUCUCCUGUUCCUGUUCUUCGUGGGCUGAAGCCUGUGCCCAAUAAGAGAAGGCCUUGCGUUGGGAAUCCUAAGGAUUUGGUGUCCAGCGAUUCUUUGCCCAGUAGUAGUAUUAGUUAUGUUACAUCAACUGAUUUUAACAAGGACAAGGAGAAGAAGUUGUUAAGUCGACAAAGACUAUCCAAGAUUAACAGUAUUGUCAAGAAAUCAGGCAUUGUUGCGGAGGAUUCCAAGCACAUGAAAAGGGAUUCUUUGGAUCAGACGAGGAGAUUGAGUUUGGACUCUGCUAGGAGGAUCUGGGAGCACCAAACUCCCACCCCAAAAACUGUUCCUCUAAAUAAAUCAUCAAAAACUGUUCGUUCCGAUAAGAAGGUUCCUUCCAAGGUUGACUCGUCACACAGGCGCCUAUCUUUGAGUCUUUCCCCAUUGAAAACCAAGAAUGGGAUCUCUUCAUCCAUUGCAAGUGUCAAGCAUUUGAAAAAAGAUUUGAAGUCAGCUACUGACCAUGUUAUUCCUAGCCGACUGGUUCAAGUUCCCCUGAUUUCCAAAACUUGGUCCAAAUAUAGGAUUUCCUGGGAUGCAAUUCCUCCUGCCAUUCACCAUCUCGGAAAGGAAACUCUAUGUUGUAAGAAUGCUGCAGUUUUGGCCGCUGCACGUGCACUUGAAGAAGCAUCGGCUGCUGACAAUGUCAUUCAUUGCAUGCAAUCAUUUGCAGAACUGCAUGAGUCUGCACAAUCAGCGUCUUCAGGACCAUUAGUGGAGCAAUAUUUAGACCUCUACCAGAACAUUCAGAGAUCAGCAAAGAUUGUUAAUUCUUUACUCAGUGAUGCAAGUCUUCUUGAAACUAAAGCAAGCAAUUAUGAUAGCCUGCAGCGUGUAUUUCCUGAUGUCCGUAAAAGUUCAAGAAAUACUAAUGCAGAAUCUUGGGUUCAUGCUGCUAUGCAGACUAAUCUUUCCAAAUUCAGUUUGUUAAAGAAGCCAGAGAAGAGCGGAGUUUUGGAUAUUGAAAAAUGUUAUUAUGUCAUCCUAGAUAAUUCUCAAGAGGAAUUGAAUUCUGAGAAUCAAUUGCCUCAAAACAAACCAUGUCUUAGAAACCACAGCAACUAUAUACCAGAUUUAAGUGCUAAGCGGGUGCCAUCUUCAAAACGACAUCUUGCAUCUGUAAAGAAAGUGAAUCCUGAAAGGAGGGAUUGUCCCAGGGGAAGUGGAUUAAAGGAGACCGCAAGUUUAGCAGAAAAGCUGCUGUUAGAUUCCCGUGAAUGGUUCUUGAGGUAUAUGGAGGAUUCAUUAAAUGUCGGUUUUGGGUUAUGUGAAGGGAAAAUUUCUGAGAUUGCAGGUUUUCUUGGGCAGCUUAGAAGGGUGAACCAGUGGCUGGAUGACUUGGUCGGGGGUGGGCUUAAGGUUGAUGCGAGGAUAGAAGGCUUGAAAAAGAAAUUAUAUGGAUUCCUGCUAGAAUAUGUUGAUUCUGCUACUGUUACUGGUAAGUAGGUAAAUACUAAGAGAGCUAACAAAAUGACACUGAAACUGACCAAUUUCUGGUUUCAGAUAGACAUUGUUAUAUGAGUUUUUUGAGAAGUUGCACGUUUAGAAUAUUUCAUUUUCUCAGGUGGUGAAACCAUAGUUGACCUAGUGUUAGGAAACCUGCCAGCCAGAAAUAUUGUAACCUGUACUGCGUUUGUAUGCAAUAGAUUGCUUGAACAAUUUGCAUCUGUUGUCAGUCAAGUUUUAUAAAUUAUGCUAACUUCACAAAGUUCACUCAUAAUACAAGCAAAGUGCAAGCAGUGUCUGUGGACGAA